AUGGGUGGCGGCAAAAGUGGUGGUGGCGGUGCGGGCAAAGGUGGUGGUGGUGGCGGAGCAAUGGGCGGCAAAGGUGGUAGUGGAGGACUCGGGUCAAGUUGUAAAGGUGGUGGAAGCGGUGGCAACAGUGGUGGAUCGAUGAAGGCUCCUGGUGGUGGGGGAGCAUAUAUAUCAAGGGCUGGUUUUGAAAGCAACCCAAAAGGAUAUUUUGGUGGUCUUCAUGGGAACCACCAAACGGGUGUUGGUUUUUGGAAGGCGAUAACGGAUAAAUUUAACGCGAUUAUGGAGCAAGGCCCGAUGCGUGAUGUCGAUUCCGUCUUUGGCAAGUGGCGUAAAAUGAGCAAGAUCAUCAACCGCUUUAGCGGUAUUUAUAACCUUUAUUACACUAAUCCUCCUAGUGGGAGUAACGAGGAUGACAUUCUCAACCUUGCUUUGGCUAAAUGGGAUGAGAAGAAUAAAACUCCUUACCAACACAUCCAAGCAUGGAAAGUUUUAAAGAAAGAAAACAAAUGGAAGCCUAUUCCAAACGAGGUUGCAACCGCCAAACGGAGUAAAACUUCCGAGUCCGGAAGUUAUAGUGCGGGAGGCUCCACCGCUCGUUGUCACAUAGACAUAGACAUAAACGACGAGCCGGAAUUUGCCGGGGAUGAGUUUGCCGUUCACGAGUCGGAACGUCCCCCUGGAAGGGACAAAGCAAAAAAGACGCGGCCGGAAAGAGAAAAGCGGGCUGCUCGAACCAAACGUCUUCCGGGGCCGGUUCGAAAAUGGACGAGUUGA